CACAGUGACAACCUCAGUGUUUAGCUUAUCAACAGUUUUACACACAGCACAUGUGUAAAGUGCGCUCAUUGUCAGAGGUUGGAUGCCUUUCAGAAAUGAUAUGCUGCUCUUUGUAGUGACAGCGACUCUAGUGUGUUUAAAAGGUUUUAAUGGACAAGCUGUUGAUUUAGGAGCUUUGCCUGCGUUACAAGGCAGACUUCACUUCAGGAGUGUGUUGUCUGAUGAUGGACAACAUGGAUCUGCGCUCCCAACUCGAUACGGAUCCCUCACCUUCAAGUUUGAUAAAGAGGGGGAUCAAAACGUGGCUCCUGUGUUGCACAGUUUGAUGGGAGCAAAACUCAAGCAUCUGGAUCCAUCAGUACAAUGCAGUGACAACUUGAUGACUCUGAAGGUCAGACGGGUAGGAGCUCCUCACGUUCUUGUGAAUAGUGGUGUGGGACCUCUUACCCCUCUGUCUCGAAUGUCCUCCAGCUGUGGCUCCUCUGUGAAGAGGUCCCGCAGGCAUGUGGCUUUUGCUGCACCCUACCACAGCUGCCAUGUCACCCAACAGGGUGGUGACUAUGUACUACCACUGCGUUUAUGGGGGAAACCCAUGACCAUGUCCUGCCCUGCUGUGCUACCACCACCUUCUGUUUCCUGCUUCCCAACUGGAAUGGUGGUGAAGAUUGGGGGUAUUGCAGCAAAUGAACUCAAAGUAAAAGUCUCUGGUGCAUGGGUGUCUCUGUCAUCAGUCUGUGGCAGUUGUGGAAUUGCUGUUGACUCGUUAUCUGGAGGAUUGACACUCACUGCACCCUACAACAGAGGCCUGUGCAUAGAGAUCAAGGAUGAGGAGUAUUUGCUUUCUCUUCUCUUGGUGGAUGUGGAGCUCUUAGUCACAUGCCCCUUAUUAUCUGAAAUUAAACCAACCACAUCAACAACUACACCCCCUAGUGACAGUAGUCCAAUCUUGCAGUUCCCUCAGUUCCCUCAGUUUCCACAAUACCCAGUAUUUCCUGUGCCCACUCCUCCAGCAGACACCCCUGCUCCUACCAUGAGUACAGUGGCACCACUACCCCAAUGGAUGCAGUAUCCCUCAGGUCCUGCACAGUAUCCACAGUGGCCUCAGUAUAACUUCUUUCCCAGACCUGUACCACCAACACAGUCUACUCCUAAUAAAAACACUGCUGCUGCUACUGAGUUACCUCAGUUGCCACAGUCUCAAUAUGAUGGGAAGCCUGAUCCCCAGGUGCCUCAGUUCCUACUGCCACCUCAGUAUCACUUCCUCCCAUUCCCUGAACUCCCAAAGCCUCCAGAAGGCCCGCCCCAAACGGUUCCAAAUCAAAAACCUGUGCCCCAGCAGCACAAACCACAACCUCUGUAUCCUCAGAUCUACCAGGUCCCUGUGUUGUAUCCACCACCAAGGUAUCCCCCUCAAAGACUAGCUACUCCAUCUCCAACUGCUGCUCCUACCACCCCUGCAGCCACCACCCUCAAGCCUGCUGUUCAAAAGCCCUUUUAUGUUCCACACCCUUAUAUGCAAUAUCAUGCACCUCAGCAGGCUCCCAUGCCUGUAUUUCCUGAUCCUGCAACCACACCUCUUACAAACUCAGCUCCAUUUAAUCAGCAAGGACACCAGCCUAUGUACUAUGCUGUGCCUCCAUAUUACUAUUUCCCUUCUCACCAGAGGCCACCAAAACCUGGUAAAUGGUCUGCUAAUGACCCCCAGGAGCAUUACAGUCUCACAGAUGAUAAUGAUGAUGAUGAUUAACCUGGAUUUGGCUUGUAAAACUGGAAUAAUCACUUUCCAAGGAUCCUUUCCUACUUGAUGGAAAUCAACUGCUAUGUUGCUACAGGGCUAGCAACUUGAAUUUCUUGUCAUGCAUUUAGCAAGGAUUCAAAAUGUACAUUUUCUUAAAGGGGAAAUAAAGGGCAACUUGAGAUACACAA